AUGUCAACAGCACAGCUGUCUCCUGGCAACGAGCCUCGGCGUCGUGCAGCCAUGACAACGGAGAGUGACUGGGUAUGGACGGACGACCCAACAUCUUCCUUUGGUCUUCUGAAGGAUGCCAACUACACACUCGGAGACGACUGCGCUGCUAUUACCUGGAAAGGAGAAUGGCUACCAACCAACUGUGCUGAACUACUGCCCUUCUUCUGCGAGGCGGAUUUAAAAGGAUCUGCAAAUCUGACAGACCAUGAUUCAAACCUCACGGGAAAUGAAAGAAUGGCCAACAAUCCACUGAGCAGAGGCCUCUUUAGUAAUUGCUCGCUCAUGUCUCACAAAACAACCAGAAGUGAAUGCAUUCAAUAUAUCAUCCAUUCUUCAAGAAUACUUUGUCAAAAGUCCAUUCCCUUGGACCGAAUUAUACCACUAGAUUUCCCCGACAAACCCUCGCUCAUCAUGGAUAUACUGGCUGUGAUCAGAGCGGAGCUGCAAGAGGAUCUGACGUUUCAAUCGUGCAAUCAUCAUAUAAAUGUCCUGGACUUUUUAGAAGAGCUUUUGAACGCAGUAAUAUAUGCUGUCGACAUUGGAAAUUAUCUUAGCCUCACCGCAGAAGACACGGGUAACUUAUUUAAUAAACAUUUGUAA